AUAACAGGGCCUGACGGAAAGCAGAUUUACAAAGGCGACAGAGAGUCCAGUGGGAAAUACUCUGUGGCAGCACACAUGGACGGGACCUACAAGUUCUGCUUCAGCAACAAGAUGUCAACCAUGACACCCAAGAUCGUCAUGUUCACGAUUGAUAUCGGAGAGGCCCCCAAAGGCCAGGACAUGGAGACCGAAGGUGGUGACAGCUGGGAUGCUCACCAAAACAAGCUGGAGGAGAUGAUCAACGAGCUGGCGGUCGCCAUGACUGCUGUAAAGCACGAGCAGGAGUACAUGGAGGUUCGCGAGAGGAUACACAGAGCGAUCAACGACAACACAAACAGCAGAGUGGUGCUGUGGUCGUUCUUCGAAGCUCUGGUUCUGGUGGCAAUGACACUCGGACAGAUUUACUACCUGAAGAGAUUUUUUGAAGUACGGCGAGUGGUGUAGUGCGAUUACAUGAUCCCUCUGUGUCCUCCACUGUUUUUUCUCCAACACCAAGACAGUUCUGGAAAUGAGACUGGCAGUUUUGAGUAAAGCCUACAUAUGAUUGGACCUCAGAUGUUUCUGUUCUCCUGUUACCUAUAUUUGGUUCCUCCUUUAAAAAAAAAUGUAAUUAAUGUUUGUUUGGAACGAAUGGCCAAAAGAUUCUGAGAUAGAUGUCCGUUUUCAUUAGUUUUUCUUUUUUUUUGUUCAAAACUGUUUGAUAAUUACAGUUUAAGCACCAAUUACUAGCCAGUACAGUUUUGCCUGUGUGAAUGACUGUCAGGCUCAUAAUUUUAAGCAAAGGCAAGCAGAUGAAAAAGACAUAAAUGAAUAGGCAUGUGUGGAGUCUCCACAGGAGAAUGUCGCCCUUAUUAAGAUAUAAAUGGGACCCUUUUCCUCUGAUUUAAAAAAAA